AUGGCUAUGAUUGAUUCUAAGAUUAAUAGUACCUCUACUUUUUGUGAAUCCACUGAGUUUACCCUUAGACCCUCGAUUCCUCUAUUCGUUCACUCUUCUGAUAUACCUGGGUUAUCUCUUGUACCUUUUUCUGUGUCUGAUUUUGGGGGAUGGCGAAGGAGUAUUAUUGUUUCCUUGUCUGCCAAAAACAAAAUUGAAUUCAUUGAUGGCACUUUCCCUAGACCCCCGCAGAAUUCUCCUGAAUCUGGGGAUAUUUGGACACAAUUGAAUAGAGGGUAUGGUACUGUAAAUGGAACUAAAGUCUUUGAAAUUAAAAAGGAAUUAACUUCCACCCAUCAAGGUGCUUUAGAUAUUGCAUCAUACUUUAACAAACUGAAGAAACUUUGGGAUGAGCUAAGGGUCAUGCGAUCUAGUCAGAGCAACACUUGCACUUGUGCUGCUUAG